AUGGCUCAACGACAACGAAGGACUUCUAGGUCUUCUGCUAACAUUUCCUUCAAUAACCCUUCCGCACCUGGUAUUCAUAAUUUUCGUCUUGGGUCCUCUGAACGCACAGAACAUCAAUCGGAUCCUCUUCGAAAUGCUUUUUUAGAAUAUCAGAAUUCCUUCGUUAUUCAGGAAAAUAAUAAUCUCCGUUCUCAGCUUUCCUCCUUUAUUCAAGAAAUUAAUAAUCUUCGUUCUCAAGUUACCGAAUUACAGUAUCAAGUUGAGGUUCAACAGGUCGCUAUUACUAUUUCAAAUAAAGAAUUUAUUGAAGAAUUUUCAUCUAAUGGUGACCAAAUUUCUGCAGAUGAUAAGUCUUGA